AUGUUUGAGGAUGUACAUCAUCAUGCCAUCUGUUUCUCCUCAGUUCUAGGUGUUGGCCAAGCAAACAAGGCUCUGGCUGAUCUCUACAGAUCUCAUGUCACUAGAGAUUAUACAUUGGAGGGUGAAUUCGGGAUGGCCACAGACAAUUUAUCUCACGCAGGCCACCUCAUAGAGAAGACCACAUAUGUUAAUCACAUCACACUGGACAAGCUGGAGAAAGUCCUGGCCAUGAUGCAGGGAUCCAAUCAGAAGGCCUUGCUCACAUAUGAUAACUGUGUUUGUUCUGGCAGGUACUCUAAGGUGGACAUGAGCACCCAGGAGGUCUAUAAGCUGGCUGUGAAGGGGGAACUACGUUUAUUACACUUCCAACCACCCCACUUUACCUUGAAGGUGCAGUGUUUGAAUGAAACCCAGCGAUACCUGUGCAGAAUCCUGCAUGAGGUGGGCUUGGAGCUCCGCAGCACGGCAGUAUGUAAAGGAGUGCGCCGCACGCGAGACGGAUCCUUCACGGUACAGCACGCCUUGACCCACCAACACUGGACUGCCCCUGAUGUCAUACAGGCCAUCCAACAGUCCAGGAAGGCUAGAAAAUCCAAGAGCACACAGCCAGGGGAGGAUACAGGAACAGCCCGUCGAAGACAGGAGAUAGAGGAAGAUGCAGUAGUCACUGGUGAUUCCCACCGGUUACACUUGGUAUUGACCUCUAAAGCAUUUGGCUCUUGAUGUCCUUGGGAAUAGAUAUCCUCGAAAGCUACACCAUCCGCAAAAUAGACUGGUUUUAGUUAAUCAAUGCACAUGUGGAAAGACUGAGAUAUAUUUCAUGUGCAAUUUUUGUGCAAUGUGCUUUUUUUAUGACAAUGUAAAAUGUGUGACGCCUUAUGUUUAAUUAUCAAUGUGUCUGUUCAUCUUAUAAAUUAAAUAAUAUUCCAACUGUGAUGAUAUAUGAUAUCAAAAUACACUGUACCAACCAAGAAAUACCAGUGCGCUCUACACUACUUCUAGGUCAACACUAGAUGGAAGCACAAGACAAAUUCAAUUUGUCACAUUUCAGAAAUCAUGUCUAAACAAUCUGUUGUGUAAUUUUGCAACCCAAUUUUGGAUUAUAUAUAAAACAUUUAUGUAAAGGAUUAACACAAAAACAAUACAUUCAUUAUAGUAAUGCAUUCUCAAAUGGAACCCUUCCUUCCUUAGCAAGAGAUUCCAUGCGGAUGUUUUAGUUGCUGCACAUGACCGCCGUCAGUAAGGCCCGUACUAUCGGGGAUCCCCCCCGUGUGCACAAAUUUGUUUAUAUCCCUUUUAGUGAGCAUUUCUCCUUU